GCUCAGUACGAAAUCAGCGUCCAGUCCGAAGAGUAGCGUCCCCUUGCGAAGUUUCUAACAAAACAUUAAAUUUAAAGAUGAGCGCUCUGAAGAGAUCUCUGGGCUUGACCAUUGCCUAUUGUCUAUUGCUUUCUGUACUUGUGCCAUGUGCAGUCGGCUUACCAAGGUCUUUCGAUGACACUGACCAAUACGACGACAGCAACGACCCAUAUGGGAUUUCUUUUAAUACAAUGUCAACCCCCGCAGCAGAAUCGUCAACUGUGAGGAACGAGGAUCGAUUCAUCGAUCUCUCACAGUCCAACCAAUGCGGUAAAUCUGCCAGUGGUAUUGUACUCAGAGAUCCAACCCUCAAUACGACGUAUCAAUCGGAGUACGGCGAAUUCCCCUGGAUGACAGCGAUCUACCACAACGGUCACUUUAUUGCCGCGGGCACGCUGAUUCGACUGGAUGUUGUCCUAACGUCAAAGGAGUCAAUACAGAGCAUACCGCUGCAGGAACUUCAAGUGGUCGCCGGCGCCUGGGACCUGCGACGCUCGGUGGAAAAGUAUUCCAAGCUCAAUCGCUCUGUGAUUGAUGUUGCAGUUCGUGGAAGUCUUGCCAUGCUUUUUCUGAGCACGCCCUUCUUCAAUCCGCCGAGCAUUCAGCCAGUCUGCCUGCCGCUGCCAGGGACUGUCUUUACCGAGAGCGACUGCAAGACGAUAGGCUGGAGUCAGCCCGACACCGUCACCAGCCAGUCCGACAUACUCUGGUUCAGAAAGAACGUUGUCAUGCCACGAGAGGAUUGCGAAAGCCAAUACGAUUUCCAGGGCAACAGGUCAACCCUGGAGCCCGGCUUCUUCUGCGCGGUGGAUGUGUCCAACGAUACUAGCCCUCUGAACAGUGGCGCUGGUCUUUUCUGUAUAAAUGAAUCCACCAGAAAUUCAGUUAUGGCAGGCAUGGCCCUCACAAGCAGGAGCUGGAACUUCGAGAAUCGGCCAGCUCUCUUUGCCAAUAUAUCGCACUAUGUGGAAUGGAUUCAGAGCGAAUUGACUGAGGACGAGACGAACUAAAGUCUACCUUUAUUUAAUGGAAGCCAAGCAUGUUUAUUUGCACUUGAUAGUCUGUCUAUCAGCGCAUUGAACCGUGCGAAUUUCGUCUGGCAGUUUCUUAGAUUUAAGGUUGGUAGUGCUGUGCAUUCUGGGACUUGUUUUCUAAAGAACGAAAUUAAUAAACCAUUAAAUACAAUCUAAAUAUUAAA